GAACAACGGGCUCAUUCAGCCACCGGGAGCUGCCCGCGAGGGGGAGCGGCCAGGCGGAGUGCGCAGCUCGUCCCGGGGGUGGGGCCGGGCGCGGUGGCCGGAGGAGACUAAGGUGGCCGCGGCGGCGGCGGCGGCAGCAGCAGCAGCAGCAGCGCGGCAGCCUCGAACCCGGCCCCGAGCGCAGGGCGGCCGCCGCGUCUCCCGCUCCUCUCCACUUGCGCCGGCCCAUGGCGGCCGCCGGGCAGCUGUGGCUGCUCUACCUGUCCGCGGGUCUCCUGCCCCUGCUCGGCGCCGCCUUCAACUUGGACACCCGCGAGGACAAUGUGAUCCGGAAAACUGGGGACCCCGGGAGCCUCUUCGGCUUCUCGCUGGCCAUGCACUGGCAGCAGAAGCCCGAGGACAGGCGGCUGUUGCUCGUAGGGGCCCCGCGGGCCGUGGCCCUUCCACUGCAGAGGGCCAACAGAACAGGAGGCUUGUACAGCUGCGACAUCACCUCCCGGGGGCCUUGCACACGGAUUGAAUUUGAUAAUGAUGCUGACCCUUCAUCAGAAAGCAAGGAAGAUCAAUGGAUGGGGGUCACCGUCCAGAGCCAAGGUCCAGGGGGCAAAGUUGUGACAUGUGCUCACCGAUAUGAAAAAAGGCAACACGUCAAUACAAAGCAAGAAUCCCGCGACAUCUUUGGAAGGUGUUACGUCCUGAGUCAGAAUCUCAGGAUUGAGGAUGACAUGGAUGGAGGAGACUGGAGUUUCUGCGAUGGCCGAUUGAGAGGCCAUGAAAAAUUUGGUUCUUGCCAGCAAGGAGUUGCAGCUACUUUCACGAAAGACUUUCAUUACAUUGUGUUUGGAGCCCCAGGCACUUAUAACUGGAAAGGCAUUGUUCGCGUAGAGCAAAAGAAUAACACUUUUUUUGACAUGAACAUCUUUGAAGAUGGGCCUUACGAAGUUGGUGGAGAGACUGACCAUGACGAAAGUCUAGUUCCUGUUCCUGCUAACAGUUACUUAGGCCUGCUGUUUUUGACCAGCGUUUCCUACGCAGAUCCUGAUCAGUUUGUUUACAAAACACAGCCUCCCAGGGAGCGGUCCAACGUGUCCCCUGAUGUGAUGAUGAAUAGCUACCUAGGCUUUUCUUUGGACUCAGGAAAAGGUAUUGUUUCUAAAGAUGAGCUCACUUUCGUGUCCGGUGCUCCAAGAGCCAACCACAGCGGAGCUGUGGUUUUGCUGAAAAGAGACAUGAAGUCUGCACAUCUUCUCCCUGAGCACAUUUUCGACGGGGAGGGUCUGGCAUCGUCAUUCGGCUAUGACGUGGCAGUGGUGGACCUUAAUAAAGAUGGGUGGCAAGAUAUAGUUAUUGGAGCCCCACAGUAUUUUGAUAGAGAUGGAGAGGUCGGAGGUGCGGUGUAUGUUUACAUUAACCAGCAAGGCAGGUGGAAUAAUGUGAAGCCAAUUCGUCUCAAUGGAACCAAAGAUUCCAUGUUUGGCAUUGCAGUAAAAAAUAUUGGUGACAUUAAUCAAGAUGGCUACCAAGAUAUUGCCGUUGGAGCUCCCUAUGAUGAUCUGGGAAAGGUUUUUAUCUAUCACGGAUCCCCGAACGGAAUAAACACCAAGCCAACACAGAUUCUCGAGGGUAAAACACCUUAUUUUGGAUAUUCAAUUGCUGGAAAUAUGGACCUCGAUAGAAAUUCCUACCCUGAUGUUGCUGUUGGUUCACUCUCAGACUCAGUAACUGUGUUCAGGUCCCGGCCUGUGAUUAAUGUUCAGAAAACCCUCACCGUAACACCGAACACGAUUGAUCUCCGCCAGAAAAUGUUCUGUGGGGCACCUAGUGGGAUAUGCCUCCAGGUGAAGGCCUGUUUUGAAUAUACUGCCAAACCCACAGGUUACAAUCCUUCGAUAUCCAUUUUGGGUACACUUGAGGCGGAAAAGGAGAGAAGAAAAUCUGGGCUGUCAUCAAGAGUUCAGUUUCGAAACCAAGGCUCUGAGCCCAAGUAUACUCAAGAGCUAACUCUGAACAGGCAGAAGCAGAGUGCGUGCAUGGAGGAGACCCUCUGGCUGCAGGAAAAUAUCAGAGAUAAACUACGCCCCAUUCCCAUAACUGCUUCAGUAGAGAUCCAGGAGCCAACCACACGGAGGAGAGUGAAUUCACUUCCAGAAAUUCUUCCGAUCCUGAAUUCAAACGAACCCAAGACAGUUCAUAGAGAUGUGCACUUCUUAAAAGAGGGAUGUGGAGCCGACAAUGUAUGUAACAGCAACCUUAAACUAGAAUAUAAAUUUUGUACCCGGGAAGGAAAUCAAGACAAAUUUUCUUAUUUACCAAUUCAAAAAGGUGUCCCAGAACUAGUUCUAAAAGACCAGAAGGACAUUGCUUUAGAAAUCACAGUGACAAACAGCCCUUCCAAUCCAAGGAACCCCACAAAAGACGGCGAUGACGCUCAUGAAGCUAAACUCAUUGCAACUUUUCCGGACACUCUGACUUACUCGGCCUACAGAGAAUUGAGGGCUUUCCCUGAGAAACAGUUGAGUUGUGUUGCCAAUCAGAACGGCUCACAAGCAGACUGUGAACUUGGAAAUCCUUUUAAAAGAAAUUCCAGUGUGACUUUUUAUUUGAUUUUAAGUACAACUGAGGUUACCUUUGACACCACAGAUCUGGAUAUUAAUCUGAAGCUGGAAACAACAAGCAAUCAAGAUAAUUUGGCUUCAAUUACAGCUACAGCAAAAGUGGUUAUUGAACUGCUUUUAUCGGUCUCUGGAGUUGCUAAACCUUCCCAGGUGUAUUUUGGAGGAACGGUUGUUGGUGAGCAAGCUAUGAAAUCUGAAGAUGAGGUGGGAAGUUUAAUAGAGUAUGAGUUCAGGGUUAUUAACUUGGGUAAACCUCUUAAAAACCUCGGCACAGCAACCUUGAAUAUCCAGUGGCCAAAAGAAAUUAGCAAUGGCAAAUGGUUGCUUUAUUUGGUGAAAGUAGAAUCCAAAGGCUUGGAAAAGAUAGCUUGUGAGCCGCAAAGUGAAAUAAACUCCCUGAAACUAAAGGAGUCUCACAACUCAAGAAGGAAACGGGAAAUUGCUGAAAAACAGACAGAUGAUGGCAGAAAAUUUUCUUUAUUUGCUGAAAGAAAAUAUCAGACCCUUAAUUGCAGCAUGAACGUGAACUGUGUGAACAUAAGCUGUCCGCUGCGAGGGCUGGACAGCAAGGCCUCUGUUGUCCUUCGCUCGAGGUUAUGGAACAGCACGUUUCUAGAGGAAUAUUCCAAAAUGAACUACCUGGACAUUCUCGUCCGGGCUUCCAUUGAUGUUGCUGCCGCUGCUGAGAAUAUCAAACUGCCACACGCAGGCACUCAGGUUCGUGUGACUGUGUUUCCCUCAAAGACCGUAGCUCAAUAUUCAGGAGUACCCUGGUGGAUCAUCCUAGUGGCUAUACUUGCUGGGAUUUUGAUGCUUGCUCUCUUAGUGUUUUUACUCUGGAAGUGCGGAUUCUUUAAACGCUCUAGGUACGAUGAUAGCGUUCCCCGAUACCAUGCUGUGAGGAUCCGGAAGGAAGAGCGGGAGAUCAAAGAUGAAAAAUAUAAUGAUAACCUUGAAAAAAAACAGUGGAUCACAAGGUGGAAUGAAAAUGAAAGCUACUCUUAAAGGGGGCCAGAAAAAGCUUCACAGUUCCCAAACUGCACCCUCCCCCUCCCAACUCAAAUCGAAACGGACUUAAAAGGCUGCUCCAUCCCUGGAAUAUUAACUUCAGACAGACUACACACAGUACGAACUGAGCAGUUUCAACUGUGGACGUGGUCAUGUAGCCUGAGGCUCCGGUUUUGCACAGCCAAAUUUAAGACUGUUGGAAUGGAUUUUUCUUUCACUGCCUUAAUUUAACUUUCCGGGUUGCCUUUGUUGUUUUGGUGUGGCUGACUUACACGUGCCGGGACAGGGACCGCCGGGUGGCGCUCACGUGACAUCUUCCCGCUUAGCCUAGCUGAAGAGGGCUCCCCGUCUCGGCGCUAACAGACUGGUCCUAACCUGGCGCUGCCUCUGCAUACAUUGUUCCCAUAGGACUCGAGAACUCGCAAGUUAACUGUCCCUCAUCACAAGACUAUGCCGUCGGGGGAGUUGUAUUUCGAUUUAAAGUGCUAUUCUUAAAUGUGCAAUAGGUGAUGUUGCCAUCCUGCCAUCUUUUCCCAUUUCCUAGAUGUGUGAAUACUCACACUAGAUAACAUACAGGUUUCAUGCUUCCUUUUCACUAAAACACACAGGUGCAACAGACUUGAAUGCUAGUUAUACUUACUUGUAUAUGGUAUUUAUUUUUUCUUCUUUAUAAACCAUUUUGUCAUUGACAGGCCAAAGAUUCUCUUCCAGUUGGAUUAAACCAUCAGAAUUACAACCUGGAUUGUCAUGGUUUGGAUUUACUGCAAAACAACAACAACAACAUUCCUUAUAAAGUUCCUACUACAUCUCCCUUCAUGACAGCCCUCACACGCCUUCCUCCAGACCCAAAAUGUUUAAGAAAUAGGAAUUAACCAUAGAGGUUUAAUCCUUACCACACAGUGGAUAUUUCUGAGUUUGGAGCCCUGUGUGAUGUGUCCUGCAUUUUGUGCUGUAACUUUCAGGAACCCUUGGAAAUAAUGUGUUCGUUUGCUGAACUUCAGUGCAGUUUAGUCCUUACUGCAAGUAUUGUAUAAUCAGGACUUGAAAGAAAUGGUGGGUGCCUCUGGCAGAUCCAGACUGAUCCAGCGUGAGACUACUGAGUAUCUGAUACCGAAAGUCAGAACAUCAUGGCUUUUAAGUUUUUAAAUGUUGGAAACAGUGAGUCAAUGUUCUGUCUUUAACGUUGUUUCCUCCCCUAAUCUGUAUUCCCCCAAAUUACUUUGGGACUGCACUAACCACAAUUUUAAAUGGCUUAAUUAUAAGAAUGAAGUGGCAUUUUUAUACAUUCAACAGAGAUUGAAUAGAUAGUAAAGCUGAAUUUAAAAAAAUUUCAAAAUAUUGUUAUAUGGGGAAUAAUAGCAAGCAGGUGCUAAUUUGUUUGCAUAUAGUAUAAGCAGUGUCUCAAUCUUUCAAAAGAACAAAAUACAGCUAUAUGUGCCAUUUUUGCUGUGGAGCUUUUUUUUUUUUUUUCCUUUUCAGAAAUCGUAUGCCCUUAAGAUACUCUUGUUGUACUUUGGGAUUUUCAUUCACAAAGACAGUUUUACAAAUGAUACUUUGUUUACAAAAAUUUCUCUAAAAUCGGUCAUACCAGUGUUUGAAAUCUCAAUUUCUUCCUUAGGUAACUUGUAACCUAAUGCACUGUCUUUCUAGGUUGCUAAGAAGCUGGUAUUUUGAGUGUUACAGACCUUUGUUAUAAAAAAAAUGAAUAAAAGGGAGGGAGGAGGUGGAAGGGUGGUUCAACAACAAUGAAACAAGAAUGUAGUGGUGUUUAUUGUUAAAAAUGUCAUCUCAAGUCAAGUCACUGGUCUGUUUGCAUUUGAUACAUUUUAAUACUAACUAGCACUGUAAAAUUAUUUCAUGAUUAGAAAAUACCUGUGGAUAUUUGUAUAAAAGUGUGAAAUAAAUUUUUUAUGAAAGUGUU